AUGGUUCUAAACAUACCUUCGAAAUCAGUUGGUGUGAGAAAGCAUCUAGAAGUUUACGGUUUGCCACUGUCAUUAUGUAAUACGGAAACGCGUUUACUAAGGGUCCGUGUAAUUCGGGCGUUGGAUCUUAUGAAAAAGGAUAUAUUCGGAGCCAGCGACCCGUACUGCAAACUGUGUAUAUAUAAAACCCAGCGUUCAACUCUCCCCUUGUGUUCACCAGUACCAACAAAAACUGUUAAGAGAUCUCUCAACCCGAUUUGGAACGAAGAAUUUAUUUUCAGGGUUAAUCCAUCAGAAAACCGUUUGGUUUUUGAGCUUUACGACGAAAAUAGAAUUACGAGGGAUGAUUUUUUGGGUGUCGUCACUGUAUUUCUGCCGUAUCUGGAGAUUGGCACGGAGGGAUCUAAUUGUCGGUUGAUGGCAAAGAGCUUUCUACUGCGCCCUAGAAGUUCUCGAUCCCGUGUUCGUGGUAAUCUCCACUUGUAUUUGGCUUACUUACCAAGCCAUUUAAAUCCCCAGAUUACAAGUCUUCGUCAACUUCCUCCCCUUGUUGAAUUGUCAUCUGAACAACAACGUAAUAGUGAAGGUCAAUUAUCCUCAACACCUGUAUCUUCUUCACAUCGUCCUAGUUUACCAGCACAAUCAUCUAGUCCUGGUAUUGCUGAAUUAUCUAACACUAUAAACGAUGAUACUGAUAACCGUGUACAACUUAGUAGAAAUACUUCAAUAGAAUCAGAUACUGUAAGUGUUACUGAGACUGUUGUUGGACCAAUGCUUUCUACGUCACUUGAUGAAAAUUCACUUCCACCAGGUUGGGAUGAACGAGUUGAUCAAAAUGGACGGACAUAUUAUAUGGAUCAUGUUAACAAGCGUACACAAUGGGAUAGACCUUCUUUUCAAUUACCACAUGGAUGGGAGCAACGAACUGAUGCAAAUGGUCGUGUUUAUUAUGUUGAUCAUCAAAAUCAUAGAACUACUUGGUAUCAUCCUUUAUCUGAGGGAUCUCGAUCGCAGACAUCACCUCAACACUCUACUGCUGCUAGUCCUGUUACAUUCAACGAUGCGAUCGAACCAUCAAGUGAGGAAGGAGAACUGGGGAUAGUUAAUGAUGAAGGUGAUGAGACAGAAAGUAAUUUUCACGUUGAAUUUGAUCCACCGAUUUGUCCAACUGAUGAAAAUCAAGAAAAUCAAUCACCUGAUGAACAAUCUGUAUUAAAUGAAAGAAUCACUAAUUCUAGGUCUCAAUUACCUACUGGCGUUGGCGUCAAUGGCAGUGGUGAUGGUAGAUCCGCACGUUCUAAUCCUCGUCAUACACGACGUAGUUUAACGAUAUCCGAGAGAUUACGUGCAAAAGGUAGUAGUGGUAUUACGUCGUCGGUGGCGGGGGUGGCAGCUCGUUCAAAUAAUAAUGUUCAAAACGGCAUCGAUGAUGUACGUGCUGCGCAGACAAUGUAUUUACGACGUAGGCAAGUUAGCUUUGAAGAUACUCUAUCUCAUCUUCCAGUCAGCUUGGAUACCCCUCUGCCACAUGAUUCAAAUUGUCAAUUAAUUCCACCAAGUUCAUCAAAUUCUGACACAAAUACCAUUCAAUUAACAGAUCCGUCUAGUUCAGCAAUAACAAUAACAAAUCCUACCUCACGAAUAGAAUCUUCACCUAAUGAACAAGGUAUAGAUCAUGUAGAUAAAAAUCGUCGAAUUGGUGAAAUAGUUUUAGGCUUAGAUAUUGCUCCAGGUGAAGAACCACUUCCAGAAGGUUGGGAAUUAGCUAGAACUGCAAGUGGUCGAAAAUUUUUCAUUAAUCAUAAUGAACAUACUACUACUUGGGAUGAUCCCAGGGUUAUCCGACCAAAUAAUCAAAUAACCAAUGGUUCUUUAUUAACACAUGAAGCACAACGACAUGUAAUGAAAGAUCUAGGCCCAUUACCGCCUGGUUGGGAAGAACGUGUACAUAGUAAUGGUCGUAUUUUCUACAUUAAUCAUAAUGCUCGAACUACUCAGUGGGAAGAUCCUCGUCUAGAACGUCUAGGCGGUCCAGCUGUUCCUUAUUCAAGAAAUUAUAAACAAAAGUAUGAUUAUUUCCGAUCAAGGUUACGAGCUCCACGUGAUCCACAAGCUAAAUUUGAAUUACGUGUUACACGAGCUGGUAUAUUCGAAGAUUCAUUCCGUCUAAUUUAUGGAAUAAAAAGACCAGAAGUGUUAAUGCAUCGAUUAUGGAUUGAGUUUAUUGGUGAAAAAGGUUUAGAUUAUGGUGGUGUACAACGUGAAUGGUUCUUUUUAUUAUCACGUGAAAUGUUCAAUCCUUAUUAUGGUCUAUUCGAAUAUUCAGCCGCUGAUAAUUAUACACUUCAAAUUAAUCCACUAUCUGGUAUGGCUAAUGAAGAACAUUUAAAAUAUUUUAAAUUUAUUGGUCGUGUUGUUGGUAUGGCUGUAUAUCAUGGUAAAUUAGUUGAUGGAUUUUUUAUUAGACCAUUUUAUAAAAUGAUGCUUGGUAAAACAAUUUCAUUAAAAGAUAUGGAAGCUGUUGAUUCAGAAUAUUAUCGUAGUUUAAAAUAUAUAUUAAAAGAAGAUCCUAUAUCAUUAGAUUUAACAAUGUCUGUUGAAGAAGAACAUUUUGGUGAAACAGUUGAAGUUGAUUUAAUUAAAGAUGGUAGAAAUAUACGUGUUACUAAUAGUAAUAAAACACAAUAUAUAGAACGAAUAAUAAAUUGGCGAUUUGUUUCACGUGUUGAAAAACAAAUGUGUGCCUUUUUAGAAGGUUUUAGUGAUUUAAUUCCAUUAGAAGCAUUACAAAUAUUUGAUGCAAAUGAAUUAGAAUUAUUAAUGUGUGGAUUACAAGAUAUUAGUGUAACAGAUUGGAAAGCGAACACUUUAUAUAAGGGUGAAUAUCAUGCUAAUCAUCCAGUCAUUGUAAAUUUAUGGAAGGCUAUAUACACAUUUACAAAUGAAUUAAGAAGUCGUCUACUACAAUUCGUCACUGGGACAUCACGUGUACCUAUGAAUGGUUUUUCAGAAUUAUGGGGUUCAAGUGGACCACAGAAAUUCACUGUUGAAUGUUGGGGUUCCGUGGAUCAGCUGCCUCGUGCUCAUACUUGUUUUAAUCGUUUAGACUUACCCGCCUAUCCAACAUUUGAAGAGUUACGUUGUAAAUUAAUUAUUGCUAUUGAAAAUGCUGAAGGAUUUGAAGGUGUCGAUUGA